GACGUGAUUGUUAGUAUUUUUACGACAGUUCAGAUACAACUUCUGCCAAUAAGGCUUCUUGCUACACGAGAGUUCCUAUUCAUGAGGCAGUCCGUCCUUCGGUUUAUUAGGGCAGCGUGCAAUUUAGGUCACAGCGUUGUGCAGAGAAACGGGCCGUUGAGCAGUGUCAACUCAUCCACCGCACCGGAGAUAGGCACCGGCAUUUUUAACAGAUUUGGUUUUUACUUUCAGGUGUCCAGAAAAACCAGCAUGUCGUUCCCCGCGAGUUCCCAGAGAAUGGUGUGGGUUGACCUGGAGAUGACCGGUCUCGACAUUGAGAAGGACCAGAUCAUUGAAAUGGCAUGCAUUAUUACUGACUCAGACCUGAACAUUUUGGCUGAGGGGCCCAACUUGAUAAUUAAACAGCAGGAUGAGUUGCUUGAUGGGAUGUCCGACUGGUGUAAAGAGCAUCAUGGAAAUUCAGGACUGACGCAGGCUGUACGGGAUAGUAAAAUCACCCUGGAACAAGCAGAGUAUGAGUUCCUGUCCUUUGUCCGACAGCACACCCCACCUGGAAAGUGUCCCCUUGCUGGUAACUCUGUGCAUGCUGACAAGAGGUUUCUGGACAAGUACAUGUCGCAGUUUAUGUACCACCUUCAUUACAGAAUCAUUGAUGUCAGCACAAUCAAGGAGCUUUGCAGACGGUGGUUUCCAGAGGAAUACAAGAUGGCACCUCAUAAGAAAGCCACCCACAGGGCCUUGAAUGACAUCCGAGAGAGCAUUAAAGAGCUGCAGUACUACAGAGCCAACAUCUUCAAAGCAACAACCGAAGAGAAGAAGUGCAAAGUUGUAGAAAAUGUUAAGUGAAACAACUCCCCCGCCCUCUCCAUUACUCCACCUGCCCCCCGUCUUCCAUCCCUCAGCCCCUUUCUCAAUUGUCCCUGAUGGAGCUGUUCAACUUCACGGAAGGAAUGAGAAGCUCCACCUGCAUCCUGGACCCCAUCCCAUUCAAUCUUGUCAAGGACUGUCUCCCAGCCAUCUCACCAGUGGCGGCCCCUGCCAAAUUUCUCUCGGGGGCAAUUGUUACGAUGAUGGCUAAGGUUACCUGUUUAAUGGGUAAAUAAACAAGUCAGUUAGACAUUGUCUCAUUGCAUUAUGUACAUUUGCAAAAUCUGGUCACCUCACAUAGCAAUACCACCAGUAACCCCAACACAAGGAUUGUUCCUUAGGCUACAUACUGUACAGUCAUUUUGUAGACAGGUCUUCAUUAAAAUUAAUUUGGCUCUAAAAUGACUGAAAAUCCACUGUGGCAAACUGAUACAAUGUCAUCCGUCAGUACCUUUGACUAUAAAGAGAGACCUGUUUUGCCAUUGAUAAAGACACUGAUGGGUUAAAUACUAUGCAUUGUUGUAAAAUAAACUAACAGUAUAGAGAUGAGUGAGCUCCUCCACCAUGACAAACUAUAAUAGCACAAAUGCUACUCACACAAUAAUGCAUCAGAAUUAUUAAUCGAAUAAUAUACCUAACAAUAUAGAACUCACGGGACAUUUUUCUGCAUUUUGAGUACUUUUAUUUUUAAUAUUUUUACCUUUGUGUAUAUUAAAGAAGAGCUUUGCUCUGUUGUCCUUGGAAGUAAAAAAUUGUCCCUAACAACUAAUAAUACUUAUGUACUUUAACCUAAGUACAUUUUUGUACGCAGGACCUUUCCUAGUAACAGUAUAUUUAUUUUGUUGUAGUUCUACUUUUACUUAAGUGAAUGAUCAGAAUACUUCAAUUUCUGGCAAUUUAUUGGUUCAGCCUCAAGACAACAUUGGAUGUAAAGACAACUACUUAACAGAGCAAAAUGAAGAACAGUGAAAUUGGGGCUGACAAUGUGGAAUGAAUAAAAAUAUUUACAAUUCAACUAAUGGAAAGAUAUGAGCGCAGUCUGUAAGGGAAAUGUAACAUUUUGACCACAAUAUGAUCAUGUUAAUUUCCCCUUUGAUCAUGAUUUAAUCUCAUACAAUGUAACCUUGAUCUU